AUGUCGUCCCCUGAGAUGACUGAUCACGCCUGCUCGAGGGCCCCGCCCCCGCCCCGCCCAGAGCGAGCCCCCUCCCCAGCCCGCGACUGCGCUCUUGCCGCGCCCCGCCCCCACGAGCACCGGCACCUGCGCGGAGCGAGCCCCGACCCCCCCCAGGCCCGGGCCGUGCGCAUGCGCCAGGUGGGCGCCGGGAGGAUGAAGCAGGCCCUGGUGGACGAUACUGAGGAUGUGUGCCUGGACUUCGGUAACGAAGAGGAGCUGGCCUUUCGGAAGGCUAAGAUCAGCGCCAGCAGAAAUGGGGUCCUGGUGCCUAACAAUUUCCCGCUUCGGGGGACCAAACCCAGGGCCUUGUCUCAGAGCUCAGAGCCAAUGGCACUGAGCAGAGGCUAUUGCCUGGGUGUGCGGGUCUACACCACGGUCUUGCAGAAUCUGGAAAUGAAAACUCAUCUGAGGCCACACCUGUACGAGUGCUGUCACCACCAGUGGAAUAACCCAAACUUCACCUUUGGGGAACUGGUCAUUGUUGCGGCUCGGUGGGAAGAUAAGCGAUGGCAGUCAAAUUUCACUUCAAAGGCAUCCCUGGCCACGUUCUUCCACCUGUUCUUCCGAGUGAGUGCCAUUGUCACCUAUGUGUGCUGUGAUUGGUUCAGCAAGAGCUUCGUGGGCUGCUUUGUCACAGUGCUCCUCCUCCUGUCCUUUGACUUCUGGUCUGUGAAGAAUGUGACUGGAAGACUCCUGGUGGGCCUUCGGUGGUGGAACCAGAUAGAUGAAGAUGGGAAAAGUCACUGGGUGUUUGAAGCCAGAAAGGUCUCUUCACAACACGUCACCGCCACGGAAGCCGAAGCACGGAUCUUCUGGCUUGGCCUGAUCAUCUGCCCCGUGAUCUGGAUCUUGUUCUUCUUCAGCGCCCUGUUUUCCUUGAAGCUGAAGUGGCUGGCUCUUGUGAUCGCUGGGAUUUCGCUCCAAGCUGCCAACCUCUAUGGCUACAUCCUUUGUAAGAUGGGAGGCGAGAGUGACAUCAGCAAAGUCGCAGCCAGUUUUCUGUCCCAGACCGUGUUCCAGACGGGCUCCCCAGGUGACUUUCAGAAGCCUGGGCUUGAGGGGCUGGAGAUCCAUCAACAUUAG